UUCACAACUGAAGCCAUACUCAAGCUAUACGAAGCUUGAUACUCUGGCAGUCUGUGGUCACAUUGGCAUCGAUGAUUCCAUUCAAUAAGAUUACAUGAAGGGACUUUUACAGAGGAAGUAACCCGGCAGAGCUGAGGCAUUCAACUUUCCCUGCCAAAAUGUUUUGUCCCACAUAUCGUAUAUGGCCUGUGCUUCUGCUGGGAGGGUUCGUGGUGACAGGGGUGCGACAUGUCAGUGGAAUAGAAAUUUACACUCCGACUGAGAUGGAAGCAGUCAACGGGACAGAUGUGAAACUGAAGUGCACCUUCAGCUCCACUGAAACAGUGUCGCUUAAGUCUGUCACAGUGUCCUGGAUCUUCCGUCCUAUAAAUUCAGGAUCGGAUGAGUCGGUAUUUUACUACCAGGAGACAACAUACCCUCCCCAGCAAGGGCGUUUUAAAGGCCAUGUGGUGUGGUCAGGAGAUAUUAUGAGACGGGACGUCUCCAUCACUCUGCAGGAGGUGUCUCCGACCUUUAAUGGUACCUACAUCUGCCAGGUGCGCAACCCUCCAGAUGUUCACGGCAGUAAUGGAGAGAUUGUCCUCAGAGUCGUCAACAAAGUUUCCCUCUCUGAGAUCAGCAUCCUGGCAGCAGCAGUUGGCAGCGCCUGUGGUGUGAUCCUGAUCCUCCUCUGUAUCUUCAUGGCAGUGAAGUUCUACAGGAGAAAGCACAUGGAUAACGAUAUUGAGCUGCACCCACAGGAACACAAGGGGAAGGACAAGAGCGUGUGGUGAGGGCCAGAGAGCCAGAGCUCCUCUGCUCCUCUUCUUCUUCGGACUAGUGUGGAGUUUGAUUGGCUGUUUGGGUCCACUCUGCUGGAAAAGACAAAUGAAAGUUGAGGGUGUGAAGGCAUCUUUUUCUUCUUCCAACUUCCAUGUUUGCUUCUCCAAUCUGAACCUCUCAGAUAUUACUGUAGUUCAUUUAUUUCAGAAUUAGAGAGAUGCUGUGCCUCCUUUCCCAUUUGUUGUAAUGUCAAAUCUUUAGGCAAUUUUGUAGUUUUUUUUAACCGAAAGUAGCCAGUGAUUGUAAUUACUAACUUAAUUUUUUUACAGUUUUUAAAAUGUGGAGGAAAAGAUGUAACUGUGGGGGGAUUUGUGCUGUUCUUAACUUGAUCAUUAACCUCAAUUCACUGCAGCAGUGCUGACUGCACCAAUCAGGCUGUUUUGAAUUUUCUCUAUUGAUUUGCUUUUUUAUCAUAUAACUACAGAAUGUAGUUUUAAAUUUAUUUUUGUCAAAAUGUAAAAUGUUUUAAAUUAUGUUUUAUAGAAUUAUGCUUUGAUUAAGUCAUCACAUGAAACGUACAAUAGAUUAUAUCACUAAAGAGUGCUUAAUACAGGACAGUGUUGUGGUGAAUUGAGUCACAUUCUGUCUAUUGCCUGCUACUGAGGGUUUAACUUUUAAAGUUGUAGAAGAUAAGAGCAGAUAAACCUUUUCUGAGCAAAACCUUCCCUCUUCUCAGUGAACAGCAGUUGCAAUAACAACUGCUGUUCACAGUAUGUGCCACUUAAAAUUAUUAGUGCAUACAGGUGAUGAAUUUCACAAAUCCAGAGAUCUUAAACCUGCUGACCCAUGAACUGAUUUUGAUGGAAAGCAGCACAUACACUCUCUGCGGUAUGCUGGCUGGGAUUGUUUCAAGCUGAGGAUUCUGGGUAUUGUAAAUUUUAAAGUGUCUAUCUCACUGUCUCAAUGUUAAUUUGGCAAUGGACACUUGCUAAGGUAAACCUGUGUGUGUGUGUGUGUGUGUGUGUGUGUGUGUGUUUAAGCAUUCAUGUAUGUUUGAUUGGAUUUGUUAUGUGGGGGUUGUGUCAAUACACCCGAAGAGGCAGAAUGUUGUGACAAAGAGGUGAUAGUUUAGAUGAUGAAGAGUCUGAACCCAGCAUAGAUGAUGGGGGAAAAAGGAAGGCGCUGAAGGUGAAGGUGACGUCAGCGAUUUUGAUAGGGAUGAAUAAAUAGAAACACUAACAUCAGCAUUUUUGCAAUUCAUUAACAUGAUUUUACGGUUCAGAUGACAUGUUAUUUAUUGUACUGUUCAGAGUUCAGUGCAUAAUGGCCACUAAAUUCCACAAAUACAUUACAGUAACUGUUAAACAAGUACAUUAUUUGCAUUGCACUCUUACAACAGUGUCAUACUUGUGAUGGUAAGUCUGAAAAAAACCUGCACAGCAGAUCCAGUAGUAUCGUCUCUUUUUAUUAAACACAUUUUUCCUUGUCAAAACCUGGCGCCCACAUUUCCAAUUCUGGUGUGUUAUUCUAGUGGGUGUUAAUGAGCAAGUAACAGGAAUAACCUCACUUCGUUGUAACUUCACCCGCCCACAUUUUUUCCAUUUUCAAACUUCAGCCUCAACCGACUCCAAAGAGACAUCACUUGAGGCAAUUCAUCACUUCACGCGGAUCCCUCUGAAGUCACAAAAACUUUAUUCACACAUGCAAUAGUACUCCCCAACACCUGUAAACAGACUCUGUUGUGUAAAUCGGUGGACUUCCCUUUAAAUUCUGCGUCUUAUGGAUGAGGACUGAUUGAUAUGGGUCUUGUGUGUUGUACUGUAAAUGGCUGCUUUGUGCUGGAAAUCUAUUGCCUUAGAUCAGUGUUGUAAAAAUGCAUUCAUUCUCAUGUUGACUAAAGCAACUAUAGAUUUUUAAAGAGAAGAGCCAGUUUAAUUUGUCUCAUUGUUACAAACACCCCAUACCAGUGCAGACGGUGUUUGUCCAAUAUUGCCAGAUUAAAUGUUUCUCCUUUUCUGUUUCAAAAAGCAUCAGUUUAGAGACAAAUAAUAUGUUUAAGUAACAAACAGCCUUUAACUGUGUCAUAAUGUGUCUUUGUAGAGGGGGUUGAAUGCUGCUGGAAAUGAAACAGGAGAAUGGGUGCUGUCAUUUUAUUUUUGCUGCCAGAAAGUCCACUGUGAGAUUUAUAAGUGAUAAUCAAAGCAAUGUGUUUUGAGUCCUGAAAUGUUGUCAUAUGUAUCUCUAUUUAGCAAACCUGGAAUAAAGAACUGUUUUUUAAAAUUAAA